AUGGCCCCUUAUACGGUUACUAAGAGAAAGGGCGCGAAGGCACAGAAGGCCUCGCCCAAAAAGAAGCAAAAGAAAGAGUCUUUUACUGAUAAAACCCCAAAGCAAGCUGACCUUUUCGACCAUUCUGACAGCCCGGAUGAACAAGAGGUAGAGGAACAUGUGGUGUUUGAUGAAGAUGAUGAGGAAGGAUCUGGUUCAGGUUCUGAUAUUCUUUUCGGUGAUGAUCCCCUUGCUGGUGAUGAUGAUUCUCUCCAAGCAAGUGAUGGUGAAGAGAAAGGUUCAGGGUCUGAUUCCGGUUCUGAUUUGGAUUCCGACUCGGAUGAUUCUGAUAUUGAGGCAAAAUCAAGAGCUAUUGAUGAAGAGAGGGCAAGGGAAGAAGAAGAAGCUGGAGCUGAAAUGCAGCUAAACAUUAAGGAAGAAUCCGAUGAGUUCAGAUUACCAACCAAAGAGGAACUAGAAGAAGAGGCACAUCGCCCUCCUGAUCUUCCAAAUCUCCAGAGGAGAAUAAAAGAGGUUGUUCGAGUGCUCUCAAACUUCAAGGCUUUGAGGCAAGAUGGAGCACCAAGGAAGGAUUAUGUUGAGCAGCUUAAGAGGGAUAUCAUUUCAUACUAUGGCUACAAUAACUUUUUAAUCGGGGCAUUAGUAGAGAUGUUUCCAGUUGUUGAACUUGUGGAACUUAUAGAAGCUUUUGAAAAGCCUAGACCAAUAUGUCUCCGAACUAAUACGCUAAAGACACGAAGGAGGGAUUUGGCAGAUGUUUUAAUAAACAGAGGAGUAAACCUAGAUCCCUUAAGCAAGUGGUCGAAAGUUGGACUGGUUGUGUAUGAAUCGCAAGUGCCAGUUGGUGCCACUCCUGAAUAUAUGGCUGGUUAUUACAUGCUCCAAAGUGCAAGCUCCUUUUUGCCUGUCAUGGCCCUUGCUCCUCAAGAAAAGGAACGAAUUGUUGAUAUGGCGGCUGCACCUGGUGGUAAAACAACCUAUAUUGCCGCUCUUAUGAAAAAUAGCGGAAUAAUUUUUGCAAAUGAAAUGAAGGAGCCAAGGCUUAAGUCACUGACUGCUAAUUUGCACCGUAUGGGGGUGACGAACACAGUAGUUAGUAACUAUGAUGGCAAGGAGCUCCCCAAGGUUCUGGGUGUUAACGCAGUUGAUAGGGUUCUGUUAGAUGCUCCUUGCAGUGGGACUGGGGUUAUAUCUAAAGAUGAAUCUGUUAAAACGUCUAAAAGCUCUGAUGAAAUACAUAAAUGUGCUCAUCUUCAGAAGCAACUGAUACUUGCAGCAAUUGACAUGGUGGAUGCCAACUCGAAAUCUGGGGGAUAUAUUGUGUACUCCACAUGCUCCAUUAUGGUUGCUGAGAAUGAAGCAGUUAUUGACUAUGCACUCAAGAAGAGAAAUGUUAAACUUGUGCCAUGUGGACUUGACUUUGGGUGUCCAGGGUUUGUCCGGUUUAGGGAACAGAGGUUUCAUCCAUCAUUAGAAAAGACGAGGCGAUUUUACCCUCAUGUUCACAAUAUGGAUGGUUUUUUUGUGGCGAAGCUGAAAAAGAUGAGCAAUUUAAAGCCAACUACAGCACAUUCUGAACUGGAUGAAACUGCAGAGCGAGGCCACAGCAUGACUGAAGACAGCAUUGAAGAGAAUGAUGAGAAAGAUGAUCAAGAGCAUUUGACAGAAGAUGACACUAAAAUUAAAAAUAAGGUUUUGAAAGAAGGCGUUGCUGAAAAUGGGAAAUUAAAAUCGCCAAGUACUACGGACCAAAAUAAGGAAUCUAGUGGGAAACGGAGGAAGGAAAAGAAUUUCCCUUCCUUUUUCUCUCAUCUGAAAGGAAAAACCCCCUUGGAACAAAAACAAGAAAACAAAGCAAAAUUCCCUAAAUUGAAGUUCCCCCCUAGAGAGGAUAUCGCAAAAGCCAGGGAAGAGAAGAGGAGAGCUGUAAGGGAAAAGAAAUCUGCCAGCAAUAACAUCGGUAAAGGAGAAUGA